CACCAGAGACAGUCAACCCGAGACCCCUUAUAGAUUUAAAAAGAGAGGCUGCAUUCUCAGACUGACACUUAUUCAACACUGCCACCUUAAGCAGAUUACUUUUGCGCUCGCCUGUGUCAAAUACGUGCUUCACUUUGCCUACAUCCAUCAUGUUUGGGAUGCUCCAGCACCACCUUCACCCGGGUGUUCUUUUCUUCUUCUUCUUAUGGUUAUGCCAUCUCAUGGAAGAUCAAAAAGUUCAAGCUGGAAACUGCUGGCUGCAGCAGGGGAAGAACGGGAGGUGCCAGGUGCUCUACAUGCCUGGGAUGACCCGAGAGGAGUGCUGUCGGAGCGGGAGACUGGGGACGUCCUGGACCGAGGAGGACGUCCCCAACAGCACGCUCUUUAGGUGGAUGAUCUUCAAUGGCGGAGCUCCUAAUUGCAUACCGUGCAAAGGUGGAGAAAGCUGCGAAAAUGUCGACUGCGGACCCGGUAAAAGGUGCAAGAUGAACAGGAAAGGUAAGCCGCGCUGCGUCUGCGCUCCAGACUGCUCCAACAUCACCUGGAAAGGUCCGGUGUGUGGCUCAGACGGCAAGACCUACAAAGACGAAUGCGGACUCCUGAAGGCGAAAUGCAAAGGCCAGCCCGACCUGGACGUGCAGUACCAAGGAAAAUGCAAGAAAACCUGUCUCGGUGUCCUGUGCCCGGGAACCACCACCUGCGUCGUGGACCAGACGAACAACGCAUACUGCGUGACGUGUAAUCGGAUUUGCCCCGACGUGGCGUCGUCUCAGCACUACCUGUGUGGGAACGACGGGAUCACCUACGCCAGCGCCUGUCACUUGAGAAAGGCCACCUGUCUCUUGGGCAGGUCGAUCGGUGUGGCAUAUGACGGAAAAUGCAUCAAGGCCAAGUCAUGUGAGGACAUCCAGUGCAGUCCAGGGAAGAAGUGUCUGUGGGACGCUCGGAUGAGCCGGGGUCGCUGCUCGCUCUGCAACGAGUCCUGUCCGGAUAGCAGGACGGACGAGUCGGUGUGCGCCAGCGACAACACCACAUAUCCCAGCGAAUGUGCCAUGAAGCAGGCUGCUUGUUCUAUGGGGGUGUUGCUGGAAGUCAAGCACACAGGAUCUUGCAACUCUACAUCACUCCAGCUAUAGGAAGCAGAAAGGACUUGGAAAUGGAAGAACUUGCAUGACUUUUGUCUUUGUCGCCGAUUUUUUUGUUCUUGUGUUCUUGAUUUUUUUAUUUUUUCUCUCACAUUUUUUAAGUACUCCUUUUGGAAGGCAAUUUAAGAGAAAAGUGACUGAACGAUUUAAUCCUAUGUAAGUUGUCGCUAAAAGCCUGGGAGGAAAGAUAAUCUUAUUGAAUAAGCUCAAACACUAGAAGAGACCUAGUUUGCUUGCUGUGGCGCAACCCCAGAGCUGGCCCAAGGUGUAAGGGAACUGAAUUGCUGCUGAGGACAUCCAGGCCAGCAGGAGGCCCUCAAGAGAGUCUCAGUUUGCUUCGACGUUUGAACUUUGGAUCUGGGACUGAAAUAACACCCAAUUUAACUACGUUCCAGCAGCAAGUUUCAAAACCAGUUAAAGUUUCUAGUUGUUGUAUUAACAGGGUGACAAAGAGAAACAGAAGGAAGAGCAUAACGCCGCCCAGUUUAAUGUUGUAAAAUGCUGUAACUUUAUUCACUUUUAACCUGAAUGAUGAUGUCAUUUAAAAGACCAUUACAUGCGCUUUCAAAUGCAUUUGUUUUGACAUAUAAUAUAUUGCAUAAAUAUACCUCAUAUCUGAGGUGACAUGUCAGUCAGUGGGUAACGGUCUUAGCUGUAAGUGGGCCCCCAAAUCACAUUCUGCUUUGGGCUCCUAAAACCUUUGGCCAGCUCUGGAAUAUCCUGAAACUUAAACCUAGUUAGAGUCGUAGUCAUGCUAGUCGCCUGCAGAAGCAGGAAGCCUUAAAUUUCAUGCAGUAUCUCAUCUUAGAGAUCACAUUACUGCAGCUUGUAAAUUCCACGCUCGCACUGCUCGAUUCUUAGAAACCUUUCUUUAUGAUGUUUUUCUUUGUAUUGCUUUUGGCUGUAAUCGAUCAAACACCCUAGAAAUAUUAGCUCACAACAAGCGAAAGGUGAUAGUAACGUUGGUGUCGCAUGAAAAAGAACCUUAAAAGAAGACCAUUUGGACACUCAGAAACCCGAAAUAUCUAACGUACAUUCCAGUUUCCGAAUAUUUGGGAAUGUCUUUUUUUUCUUCUUAGUUUCUUUCACCUGAAAAAAAUCUCUUAAGUUGUAUUUAAAGUAUGUAUUGGACUGGUGACCAACUUUAUGAUCACCUUGUGAGCUAAUUACAAAUGUGAUUUGUUACUGUAAGCAGGAGAAGCUGUUUUUUUUUAGCUGGCUUUUACUGUCUGCACUGUUGUGAUUAAAGAAAAUGUAUCAGAUAUUUUACAUCCACUUUAAGAUAAUGAGGGACCCUUCUUUUAUUUUGUAUUGUCGUUUUUGCGCUUGCUUGCGUGCUUUUCUUCUUUUUUUUCUCAAAAAUGUAAAUCUAUGUAUAAAAGCAGAAGAAAAUACCUCAGAACUGUGUUGAUUACAUUUAAUGCGUUGGCCACGGCCCUGGACGUUUGCACCCUGACCUUCCAUCUUAGUCAGAACAAAAGCAAAGUGAAUUGGAGAGCAGAAAAACUCCUUUUUUUUUGGUGUUAUAUGUGUUUUUGCUUUUCAGGAUUCUGCCAAAAACAGAACAGAGCUACUGGAACAUCAGCCCCAGUGUCCUUAUAUCUGUAUAUCCCUCCUUGUGAUUCCCUUUUCAACCUUUUUUACCCCGUUCUGUGGCACUGACGUGCUUGGUUAUAUAAAUGGACGUUGUAUAAUUGGUGAUUCUUGCAGCCAAGUAACACAAACUCUUUUUCAUAAAAGUGACCAUUUAAACAACAACUAACAAACAUAAAAAGAAAGUGUAAGAUGUUUUGUUGUGAACCUUUUGACAUUCACUGAUAUAUUCUGCGCUGUUGUGGUCCGUAUUCAUACAACAGCUACCAUGUAUUCUCCCAUUUAGCCAUUACAGAAGACCAGGAGGAGGAUGAGGAAGAUGGGGACUCAGACUACAAGGCCUAUGUCCAUUUAUCUUCUCUACUGGAUGGAUAAGCUCC